UUUUUUUUUCUUAACUUCCCAUCAAUGCUGAAUCUGCACCGGGUCGGGUUUUAGCGAAGAUCAACAUGAAUUGUUGUUGUAAACUAUACCGAACCAUAUCGGAUUAAAUCAGCACUAGAGAGGCAGGCAAAAUGCAGGUUUCCAGAAGUAGGCAGUUGAUUUGUGUUUCAUCCGGAGCUUCUAUGCCUUUUCUUCGCUCGGGGAAGUACAGCAGCCUUUCCCUUCAUUGUGUGUCUGCAAAUGGAAACGCUGCAAGUGAGCUGAGGCGAAAAAGAGGCACAUUUGUUAGCUUUGCCACCAAAUAUAGAAGCGAGACUUAUUAUGUAGAGAAAUGGGGGGGUAGAAAAGAGGAGGAGGAGGAGGAGGAGGAGGAGGUUGAGGAGGCAUGGAAGGGCGCCAUAAUUGUGAAGAGGAGCGUGGGGCAUAUGGAAUACAGCACCACUCUCGAGAGAGUGGGCCUGUCCAAUUUAUCCUCACACGUAUCGAAGUCGACGGCAGAGUCAAUGGGCCUGGCCAUGGCCACCAGAGUAUCCACAGAUUAUUCCCCUCCCACGGGAACGCCCCUCCUCGUCUCGCUUGAUACCACUCGAAAAAAAACGGGAGAUUUGCUCCUCCAUGGACUUAUUCGCACAUUCAUAUCUUUACCCUGCAACAGGUGCGCAGAGCAAGCUGCCCACCGUGUAUUCUCAAAUUUCUGUUUGCUACUUCAUGAAAAGCCUUUGAAAGAACCAGACCAAAUGACAAAGGUAAAUUCGGGUGAUUUAGACAAUGAUGAGGACGAGGAAGAAGAGUUGGACCAAAUGUAUUUUCCAUUAGAAGAGAAAGAAAUAGAUAUCUCGAAAUAUAUUCGUGAUAUUGUGCACCUUGAGGUUACUGUCGAUUCUGUCUGUGAUCAUAAUUGCAAAGGAUUGUGUCUCAAGUGCGGAACUAAUUUUAACAAGAGCACCUGCAAAUGUAGAGCCCAAAAGAAAGCCAUACUAUAUGAACCAUCACAAAUAUUGAAGAAACAAAUGCAGCAAAGGUGAUGGUAUACGGUAUACCAAUGUACAAAGAAGGUAUAUUUACGAAGAAUAUGUAUUUCAAAGGAUAUUAAAUAAUAGAUACCAUAAUAUCAUCAUAAAAGUUGCAUGAUU